AUGGCUUCUGUUGAAGAUCUGGUGGGUUUGUACAUGGGAUUUCUCGUGGCCCUGCCAGUGGCCCUGUUAGGUGUAGCCGCAAAUCUCAUCAACGCAGCUGUCUUUCUCCAUCAGGGCGUCAAGGACUGCGUGUCUGUCUGCUUGCUGGCGCUAACAAUCUCUGAUCUCUGCAGUGUUCUCAGCGGAGGUAUCAUCUACACCUACAACCUGCUUAUCCACUUUAACGUCUACUCAGUCAUUCACUCUUACUCCUUCGCCUAUGUCGUGAGCUACAUCUGCAGUAUGUUUUACGACAUAUCACAAGCCGUGAUGGCUUUCGUUACUCUAGAACGUUGUUUAUGCGUUGCUAUGCCUCUCAAGUUUAAAGAAAUAUUCACUCUCAGAAGGGCCGUGGUUAUCGUCUCAGCCCUGUACAUUUUCACCGUGGCGGCCUACGUUCCUCACUACGUCAGUACAGGGCUCAUAAGUCGCUGGGACCCCACAACCAACACCACCCGCCUGUUUCUCUGGGUCGCUGACUACAGACCAGACGUUCAACUGUACCUUCGGUUCUUUCUUCAGACCGUGAUGGCUGCACUGUGCCAGGCUGUUGUCUUAGUGUCUACCUACGUCAUGGUGCGAGGUCUGAAAGAAUCAACAAAGUUUCGGCAGCGCAGAGAAGUUGCCACACCUCCAAACGUCAAUGGGGAAACGAAAGAGGAUCCAUCUCGUACCAAAAAAGAAGUCCAAGCGGCCAAGUCUGAUUCUGGCAAAGAAGCCAUUGGGAAGCAAGGCCAAGGUCAACUCCUGUCAGAAAAAAACCUGAGAGUCGUGAAGACGGUCACAGCUCUUGCCAUUCUGUCCCUCGUUUGCAACUCUGUCCGGCUUGUGGUCGUCCUCAUCAAUAGGGUAGUGUCUGGACUAGCGCUAGGAGGACGCUUCCACAACGUGAUCAUUCUGAUGAGCGUGGGAACUUUCGUUUUCCAGACCAUCAACGCCUCUGCCAACAUCCUCGUUUACUACAACAUGAACGCCAGUUUUAGGAACACUUUGAAAACACUUAUCAUCUGUAAAAUCCGCAGUUUAAGCUAA